UCUUAUCCAUCACGUGUGUGUGUUUGUGUGUCAGCGCCCUCUAGCGGAUGCCAAAGCCAAUUAGCUGAGCCAGCGAUUGUCAGUAGCCAAUCACAUGUACAGGAGGCGGGGAAAAGGCCUGGGUGCAGGUUUGUCAGCGGACGCGUUGCUCCUCCUCCCGGCUGUGCUAACAGUGUCCUUCACGGCGAACUGUACCGCGUUUCCGUGAGAGGGAGAAAGAGGAGGGAAAGAUCGCGAUACCGUGUGGGAGAGAAAAAGGAAGAGGAAGGAGAACCAGAGAAGAGGAAAGGGAAGAGGAGGAAUAACCAGGAGAGAGGAAAAGGAAGAGGCGGGAGAACCAGGGGAGAGGGCGCUCCCGUAGCAACAUGGCUGCUGUUUACACGAAAAAGCAGACCACCAGGCUGCGGCUGAGCAUGGAGAAAGUGUCGCCGGGAAAUAAUGACUCAUCCCGGGAGAACAACUGCGAUGAAGCCUCGAGUGGAGACCCGAGCGGCGCUGUGGGAGGUGUUGCGGCAGGAGGAGGCGUCAGUGCUGCACCACAGGCCCGCGGGCACGCAGGAGAUGCGGCCGUGAGCGUUGCCGCGGUUCCUCUGAUCCGAAUCAAAGAAGAGCCCGUGGAGGAGGAGGUGGUUGUGGAUGAAGAUGAGGGGGAAGAGAGCGAGUACGUGGAAGUGCACGUGGAGGAUAUCGGGGAGGAGGACUGGGACGAGCAGGCGGCCCCAGGAGCUCGUUUACCGGUCGGAGAAAACGAUGGCCGCGCUGAUGAGGGGGAUUGGCCAGUUUCCAGUGAAGAGAGGAGCGAGGCUUUUGGGAACAAGGAGCAUCGACGGGCGCACACCCAUGAUGGCCCCAUAGUCUGUCUGGACACAGACUCUCAGUGGGACAACCUUCUCGUCUCCACAGACGGAGGUCAUCGAACAUUGUGCUGUGCACUGUGCGGCUGCAGGUUUUCCAACUCCAGAGAGUUUUUUACUCACCAACUUGAACACCGUAACGAGAUCGUUAAACAAGAAUCGAUCGUGGAGGCUGGUGAGAGUUUGUCAAAACAGAGAGUUUUUGAGUGCAAAGACUGUGGGAAGGCAUACUCAUCGAUCGGACAAUGCCUCAAUCAUCAGCGUUCACACAAGCAGGCCUCGAAAUCGGUUUUCCAUCAGCUGGCACAUUUAAAGAAAAAAUCCUUUCAGUGCCCCACCUGUGGCCGCUCUUACUCUCGUGCAUCGGCUCUCGAUGCGCAUCGGCGUUGCCACGAGGAAAAGCUGUUUAAGGCAAGAAACAGUGACGGGGAAAAACAGCCACUGGACGAAGUUACAGUUAAAACCGAAGUUAAAACCGAAGACUCCACCGACACCAGUUCUGAACAGUUAGAGGAGUCUCCAAAAAAACUCUUCGAGUGCUUAGACUGUGGAAAAUCUUUCCGUACUAUGUGUGGCCUUGGGACACACCAGAGAUUCUCAGUCAACUGUUCAAACACGACCGACAAGGUGCGUGCCAAGCGUUCGUUCGAGUGCACCGAAUGCGGAAAGACUUUUCACCGUCCCAUGGCAAUGGCAUGCCAUCAGCGUUGGCAUAAAAGGCGGGAGCAGUUCCACGGUAAUGAUCAACCGUUUCAGUGUAAGGAAUGUGGCAAGGUUUUUACUUCAGAGACCUUCUACAAUAAACACCAACGUUUGGUUCAUACUAAAGAGACACCAGCCAAGAGUUUUCUCCAUCAAGUCUUUCAGCUCCAGAAGAAAGCUUUCGAAUGCCAGGAAUGCGGUCGCCGGUUUUCUCGUGCUUCUGCAUUGCAGUCGCAUCAGCUCUGUCACACCGACGUCUUUAGUGACAUUAUAGAGGGCACUUCUCAGAAGUCUUCUGAUAGACAAAUCAUUGAUUCGCACUUAAAUAAUCCAGACCGCGUCGCUCGUUUCACUGGAACCUCAGCAUAUUCACGUAACAUAAUGCAAACCAAUAGUUUAGAAAAAGAAUCAAAGCAAGAAGCAACAUUUAGAACAUAUAAAGAUAUUAAACCGGUCAUCAUAGCAGCUUCUGAUCUUAAUAAACACGACCAGGGCUUCCAACAAAACUCUGAUCUUGAGUUGGUGUGUGAAUCAGACCAAGAGGAAAAAGACUUUACUUCGAAACCAAGCAAAGAAACUGUGCUUACUCCUCAGCCUAUAGAUCCAGAGAUAGAUGUAAAUAUUGUACAGAUAGACUGUGUGAAUUUCGAUGAGGGGUUAGGAAACACGGAGACAGACCAAAGUCCUUCCCAAGACACAAAAGUUUUCAAAUGCUCGGAGUGCAAUCGGUCAUUUGAUAAAGCAUGUUCCUUGCGCUGUCAUAUGUUAUGGCACAGGGGAGGAAUGGGGAAAAAGUCACGUUACCGGCGAAAAAGUCUCAUGUUGAAUCCUGUCCGGAGAGUUACAAUCAAAUGUGAGAUUUGUGGACAUGAAAGUUUCACCAAGGCCUCUCAUUACGUACAUUUGGGAAAACACGAGGAGCGAAAACCCUACAAGUCUAUUAUGUAUCAGCUCGCAAAUCUGCAGAAAAACAGCUUCAAAUGCGACGAAUGCGAAAUGCAGUUCUCGCGCCUCUCGGCUCUGCAGUCUCAUCAGCAGCAUCACAAAAAAGAGAAGAAACCAUACGAAUGCUUUCAGUGUGAUAAAAGCUAUUCGAACCUCAGUACUCUUUACAACCAUCAGAAAGUCUGCACUGGCGAUCGUCCUCUGAACUGCAAUCCUCUCAGCGGCCAGGACAAAAAGCUGGAGCAGUUUAAUCCGAGCAAGACACUGCUGGGUCCUAAAGUUCACCAUUGUAAAAAAUGUGGGAAGGGAUUUUGGUCUGUGGGCGCCUUCUUUCAUCAUAAACAGUAUCAUCUGCAAUGUGGCGAGGUUAACGCUAGCAGUUCGGGAGGCGCUAUCAAAUCCGAGAAUGGGCACGUAAGACGUAAAAGACGAGGUCGUAAGAGAGGCUUGACGGGCAGCGACAACUACAAACCUCGCGUAAUGACCGAUCGCAUCAAAUCAAAAUUGUUUAAAUGCGACGUUUGCGAUAAAUCGUAUCGUGUUAUUGGCUGCUUUCUGAAACAUAAGCUUGUUCACCAAAACCAGUCUAUCCCACCUCCAGUAAAGUCCUUUAAACAUCAGGUUAACCAGUUGCAAAAGAACAUGUACUGUUGUCCUGACUGUGGCAAAAAAUGUUCUCAUGCCAUGGAACUUCAAUUCCACAUGAAAAGCCAUGGCUAUGAAACGGGGCUUCCAGUGGAAAACACGGUGUUGGCCAGUGCUCCUGGCGGACCUCAGUGCCCGAUCUGCCAUGCCGUUUUCCCUUGCGAGACGUCAUUAGAAGGUCAUCAAAAACACUGCUUGAGAGCAAAAGAGGACAUAGAAACGUGUCAUGGGGACAAAUCGGACCAUCUCGACGAUGAGCUCCUUACAUCUGACACAAAAUACGCAUGUGACGAAUGUGACAGGAGCUUUUCUGUUUUAGGCGCCCUUAAUUUUCAUAAAAGAAUUCACCAUAAAGCGCCUGAUUCCAUGGAGUCGCAGGAUGUGACCCCCAACAAUUCGGAAGAACCAACCGGCAGGGCUGCGUUUUGUUGUUCCGAAUGCGGUAGGAGAUUUUCUUCAAAUUCUGCCCUCGGUACACACCGGCGGUGGCAUAAAGACAAAAAAUUGGCCAAGUUUAUAUUAAAGAGCAGUAAAAUGUCAAGGAAAACUAUGGAGAAUGGACCCUUCUUGUGUAACUUGUGUGGGAAGGGAUUCUUUUACCUGUGCGUUCUUCGUAGGCACCAGAAAUAUCACCCGCCGAUCUUGUCACAGCCGGGCCCUGAAGUAAACCUUAAAAUUACCGAAGUCCUCAGCGGUCCGUCUCUGAAGGGCACCUUGGACUGCCCAGAUUGUGACAUAUCUUUCCUUAGUGGAACUCUCCUUGCAGCCCACUUUGCCUCUCAUCAUGCCAAGUCGCACAAAGCUGAAAUCGAGCAGCAGGUACAUGAGGAGGCCCCCGUUAGUCAACCUGCCCUGCCAGUAGCGAGUCCACCCACAGCUAUGACUUCGGCAAACGGAGAAGACAAACCAAAGAUAAAAUACCAGUGCAUCCAGUGUAACAAGAAAUUUGCAAAUGCGAGAGGUCUUCGUGCGCAUAAAUGGCAGAUGCACAGGAAGACCAGAGGACAGUCGGCAUCGGACACAGACGAAGACGUAAAACCGUUUCCUUGCUCGCAGUGUGAGAAGUGCUACAGAUCACAAGCAGCCCUACAGAACCAUCAACGGACCUGCAUCGGAAAUAACGAAAGCCUGAAACAACCAUACAAUCCAGAUGUAGUAGAAGAGCAACCAUCACGAAAUAGGCCUUUAAAGCCCGGUACAAAGUGCCUCUUCAAAUGCCCAAAGUGUGGUAAAGCCUUCUCUAGUGAGAAGCAACUGGAUGCCCAUAAAGAGGCAGCGAACGCACGGCUACACUCUUGUGCACUGUGCUGUCGUGGCUACUGGACUGAAUCUCAGCUACAGCAGCACCUCAUUUGGCACGAUGAAGUACGUCGCCGUCUCCCAACUGAACUCCGUUACAGGCUUAACAGUUCCAUAGUUUCGGGAUCCUCGGCCAAACCCCAGGUCUCGAGCACAAACCUGGUAUCUCCAGCGAAAUCACCUUCAACUGCUGCUAAUGUGCAAGCGGACAGGAAUUACAAAUGUCACCAAUGCAGCAAAGUGUUUCUCUCCCCACGUGCACUCAAGGAGCACCAGGCUCUCCACAAGCCCGACGAGCCUUACCGUUGCUCUCUUUGCCCGAAGACGUUUGUCGAGAUCAAGGAUCUCAUUGAUCAUCAUCAGGAGUGUUUGGGUGAUCAAGAAGUGGGAGACAACACUGCCCCCGCAAGUUCUUUUCGAGAUACAGAGAGCCUGACGUGCAUCGAGUGUGGGGUUUCGUUCAGCCAGGAAACAGACUUGCAUCAGCACUACAUCGAUCAUGCACGUGGCGAGUUCUGAAAGGUUUGGCUUAAUUCAUCGGAGGUAGUUGAUUAACAUGAAAAUGCUUUGUAAUAUUUAACGACUCUAGUGUUCAAACGAUUUGGCUCCAUUAGACUCUACCAUUCUAUUCUGGCUUGUUAUGAGACAUUUUGCUGCACUUAAUAACAAUAGUUGUCUCAUUGCUAAGGAUUUUUUUUUCACCUUUUCAGAAUGAAAAACUGAACGAAAAGAAUAAAACUAAGCAUUUUCAGGUUUCUCUUCCCGUUUGAUUAUGCAUUUGAAAAGAAAAAGAAGCUUGUUAUACGAAUGAAGCACGUCUUGUAAAUGCUUAAAUGCUGUCGCAUACUUCAGUUAUUCAGCGGUUUAACCUGUUACAUUCUAUAAAAUAAAACGUAGAGAUAUUAUACAUCCAAAGUCAAGUCUAUGUAAUUUUUUAAAAAAAAUUUAUACGAAAUGAAGGCAUUACAGUCCGUAACAGAAAUGUUUGAAAUGAACAUGUAGAAUGCACACUUGUUAUGUACAUGUGAAUAAUGUGUGUAUACUUUAUUUCCGUCACCUGGUGGUCUUCGUGUUUACUGAAUUGGUUUUGUAACCUUUUUAUGUUUUGAGAUUCCUCGUGGAGAUUAAUAAGCUUCGAAUCACCUCUAUGUAGAUUUUUUUCUUUUCUUCAAUCGCUUGACGUUUGAUUAAACGCGGUUCAGCGGGUAUAUAACAGUGGAUUUCGUUAUGGUGGAAAGUUCUGUCCCUUUUUUAUAUGAUAUAAAAAAACUUGGCAGAGCUUUUAAGUUCCACGUAUCAAGGACUCAUCGUGUGAAUUUACCAGGUGGACCAUGAAUUUACAGCAGCUUCUUUUUUUUUUCUUUUUUUGUUUUGGAAUUAUAGUGUUUUCCAGCUGUUGUAAUUAAUUUGCAUUUGUGCUGCACAUAGUUAAAGAUGCUCAGUGUCCUUCUCAUGGACAGUCAUUUUCCAAUCGCUGUAAUCUUUAUUUCAUGAUCGUGAUUACUUUGUGAUAAAGAUCUGACAGUGCAUACCCACGUCAUGCGUGUACUGUGUUUAUGCCUUAUGAACUUUUGUUUAAAAAUGCUUUUAAAUGAUUCAUUACAUAGUAUUAUAGCUGGUAUAUUUAUCGUUUGCCAUCAGUAAGCAUUAAAAUGAAUGUAGUUAUAACAGCGAUUCACUUAAUUUCCUUACUUUAAAUGUUUUUUCCUGUAGGUAUUUAGACCUGAUUGUUUUUUUGUUUGUUCCUUCCUCCUAUGAUGAUGAUGACAGAACAGCCACAAACUUGGGACAAACAUGGUGUGCAAGAUCUCUUGAUGAAAAGGAAUGCUGUUGUAAUGAUGUGUGGUGUAUUUAAACACGCGAACGAGUUAAUAAACCUGUGAAUCUGCUGAAUGUUUUAUGGUGCACAUUUUCGAAUGAAAAAUAAACAGCAGGCAAAAGUAAGAGUAUAAACA